AUGUCUCUCGGUCGCAUCGUCUGCAUCGCCUUCCCUUACGCCGUCACGGUCGGCGCUUUGGUCUCUCUGAUAUUUGUCGGCAUCGGCAGCACAAAUUCCAAGUCAAGCACCGACAAUGAUCUCUACUUUUUCAGAGCCGAUCUUAGCAAUUUGACCAUUUCUGGCACCUCUCUUCUGAGUGCGGCUGAAAGCGCCCUGAGCGAUCUCACCAGUCGGAGUGAUGCCGAUAGCGCACUUGAAUCAGCCUUGACAGACGCCGUAGGCAAGAGCAAUAUUCGCGAUUUCUACGACAUCGGCCUGUGGGGCUACUGUUCCGGCAACAAGACAAGUGACGGCAAAUAUGUAGUCGACUACUGCACCAAGCCCAAGGCCGAAUAUGCAUUUGACCCCGUGGAAGUCUGGGGCCUGAACUCCUCCAGCGCCGAUAGUGCCAUCGAUGACAUUCUUCCAACCAGUCUGAAAGACGCCCUCAGCACAUACAAGGCCGUGUCCAAAUGGAUGUUCAUUGCCUAUAUCAUCGCUUUCGCCGCGACUGCGCUUGAGUUGAUUGUUGGUAUCUUUGCUAUCUGCAGCCGCAUGGGUAGUUUCAUCACCAGUUUGAUCUCGGGAGUUGCUUUCCUCUUCACAGCUGCCGCUUCGAUCACCGCAACCGCACUGUUCGCCGUGUAUACGGGUGUAUUCAAUUCCGAUCUGAAACAGUACGACAUCCAUGGUUCCAUGGGUAAGAACAUCUUUGUCGCCACAUGGUUCGCAACCGCGUUCGCUUUUGCCGGAAUCUUUUUCUGGCUGAUGAGCUCGUGCUGCUGUGCCGCUCGUUCUCCCUAUCAUGGCAACCACCGUCGUAACCGCGUCAUGGCCGAGAAGGCUCCUUAUACAUACGAGCGCGUCAGCACCCCUUACGGCAACAGCCCCUACAUUGGUGGCAGUGCACCUGCUCCGGCUCCAGUUGAUCCAUACACGCAACAUCACAACGUUCCUAUGCAGCCUUACCGUUCGGACGCGUACGAGCCAUUCCGUCACGUCUGA